AUGAGACGCAACGAUUACGCUCCCAGCCCAGCGCCCUUCCAAGGAAACGUCAACGACAACCUCGAUCACGAUACCACCAAGUCGAUGCUUUCGUACCUUCCGAGGAAUGUUUCCCCUGAGGUGUUGCGCUCCAUUGCGCAGUACCACCAAGAUCUCGCCGACGACCUCCGCAUGGAGGCCAAGAGGCUCGAGAAGGAGAUGCGGCAGGAGCGCGAGCGCGAGUGGGGAGCCCAGGCCGCGAGGCAGGCGAGAUAUGAGUCAGACAAAUGGCAUAUGGCAAUGGCUUCACUCAAUGGGGAUCCUGCGGGAGAAAUUGCUCAGGAAGACGGCGCCAUUAUUCCGCGCAUUGGAAAUCUGGCAGAAGAAAUUGCUAGAACGUUGCCGCCAGCCAUCUGGCCUGCUAAGAGAAAGCGUGACAAGAUGGAUAUCCAAGCCAAUCUUCCGAACCCCUUACCGAUAGCCACGGCAAAGGACAACGAUGAUAAUUCCCAGUCCUUGAAGAACUGGAAGCCAUCAGACGGCAUUAUCACACGCAUUGACCUUGAGGAAAUCUAUAGCAGGCUUGGUUCAAAUACUCCGCUGCUUAACCAGCUGAGAGGACAUAAGGUGGCAUACGAUUUUGCUUUACGGAAAACCCAAAGCUCGAUAGACCGUUCCUACGAUUAUCAGCUUGAAGCAGCUUAUAUUCAACUUAGAGGCGAACCAGCCAGACCCCCGUGUGAGAAAUGUCUAGCUGGCGAAGGUCCUUUCGAGCUUUGCGUCCGCGGUCCUGCCAAGACCGGAAGGUGUGGGAACUGCCAUCAUCGCAACCCCAGAGCUCGUUGCCUUUUUCUAAAAGCCGGAAAGGAGAAUGAUGAUCUUUCUUCACGAAACCCACAAAACAGCCAAGCAGCAUUGAGGAGGGGCGCUACCUCCACGUCUGGUAAAGGAAAUGAAGGAACCAACGGCGAGAACAAGUCGGCCGCCCCGACCGUUGAGGUUGUCAGUAAGCCCUCGCAGCACGCAGACGUUACCGAAUCACCGUCGGAUUUGCAGUUUGAAGCCAGGAUGGAAGUAGAACCUGAACAAACCUCAAGACACCCUCUGCCCCAGACAACUCCUCAGCCACCUGCACCACCUCCUCCUCCAUUCGCACCGGUAGCAAAUCCGGAGCCGGAGCCGGUUCAUCCGGUGGGCGGACGGCAACUAAGAACACGACCGCCACGGCUGCCACCCAAUGACCAAAGACCGCGGCAAACACGACAGAACCGGAAUACCACAGCCACGGAUCCUGUCCUGGCUGGCUCAAAUCAGCAACCACAGGCUCGGCACGGGAGUUCUGCAACCAACACCAAUCCUCCCGCCAAUCCACCGAACCCUCCAUCUCUCACACCAGGUAUCGACACGCCGCUCAGCCCUCGAUCCGAAACAUCGACCCCGGCUGUGCAAUCACCACGAUCGGUGGGAGGAUACCAACCACAAUUCCCUGCUGCCGUAGCUUCAGCUGUCAGCGCACAGAUUUUCCGUGGACAACGCGAUCAUACGGCCCCCCGUAACAGGGACACAGCCCAGACCAGAGCAACGGACAUGAACACAAACAGAGAAAGGGAAAGAAACAGUGAUAGAGACAGGGAGAGGAAUGGAGAAAGAGAGAGGGAUAGAGAAAAGGACGUAAACAGAGAAAAGGACAGGGACCGAGAUACAGACAGGGAGAGGACACCCAUCACCAGCAGCGACCGCUCUUCCCCUCCCAGCAGUCCCGACGCCUGUUCUCCCAAGUCCAUCCUCGACUGUCUUCAUCGCAACACCCCAGUGGAAGUCUUGCGUUGUCUUAUGGAAUAUCACCAGAACCAAGCGGAUGAAAUGGUCCUCGAGUGUGAGAAAAUAGAGAAGAGCAGGGCGAGGAGGGUGCUGUGGCAUCCUGGACGUGAAGAAGAGGGCCGAGAUAACAAGGGCAGGAACAGGGACAGAGAUAGAGGAGGGUUUGGCAGUGGUGCUGGUGCCAUUGGCGGCGACACCGAUGAUUGUUCUACUAUUCGUGCAUGUAUCGGCCCGGGCCAAACUCCUCUGGAAACGAUGCAACACCUUUCAUUGCAUUACCAGUAUCAGGCGAAUAAGCUUAGGCUUGAGAUGAAGAGGAUUGAACUGGAUGAGAAGGAAAUGAGGAGACAACGACAGCGGGAGCGGCAGCGGCAGCGGGAAAGAGGUGGUGCUGGUUGGGGAGGAAGAGAAAAUGAUGCUCGCUGA